AUGUUCGAUUCAAAUCUCAACCGCAAGCGCCCCUUCCCACACAUUCCUUCAGCCGCCAUCAUUUUAAACCAUCUCGACGUCCCUCUAUUCUCCUCCACCGAAAACGGCGUCGUUUCGCGCUGCACCUCCAUGCUUCUCCACGCCGACCAACCCUACCUGAUCGGCCGGAAGCCUCGCGACUGUCAAUUCGUCUUCAACGACCGCCGUGUAAGUAAGCGGCACUGCCAGAUCUUCUUCGACGGCUCCCUUCGCAAACUCUACGUUCUGAGCGGUGUUUUGUCACACGCCGAUUACUCCGAAUUUCGUCUCAUUCACGAGUUCAGGAAAAGAGUCACGGUUUCUUCUCAGGGGAGCGAGGGUUUUCCGUUUCUAGAAGCUUCGAAUGGUGUUUUUGUUAACGGUGUUGAAAUUAGAAAGGGAAUGGCGGUGGAGUUAAUGGAAGGGGAUAGGGUUUCACUUGUUUGUGGAAACAUGAGCGGUUCGUGUGGGAUUGGGAAUCGGAUUGGAUUUGUUGUGGAGAGAAUUGCUGUAGAAAGUUGUGAUGGUGCUGGUGAAUUUGAUAGGUUGACAUUUUCAGGGUGCUCACAAAGUGGGAAACGAAGCAAGAGGGUUUUUGCAGUGAAGGCUAAUGAUUCAAAAUUUGAGGGAGUUUUUGGUAGGGCAAGGUUUCUUGUGGAUAUGUGUAGAGAUAUAUUGCUUAGUGAUGAUCCUUUGUCUUGCAUUAAGCGUUCUGUUUCAGAUUUACAAUGUGGAUACAAGUGUGCCAUUGGUACCGAGUUAGCGCAGAGGGUUGCGGAAGGCAAUGGUAUUGAUACUGUACAGUCAAGUUCAGGUGUACUUUCUGAAAGUAAAGUGAUGAAUUUGGAGGAAAAUGGUGGAAAAAAUUGUGCAAAAGGGAAUUUGGGAGUUGAUGCUCUUUGUGAUGAGAAUUCUAAUUUGAUAGUGUCGGAUUGUAUUGAGAAGGAUAAUGUUUCUGAUGGAAAUAACUGGCAGGGAAAUGAUGGAUGCAAUCCACCUCCAGGGAAGAAUUUUUACUUGAAUCGUCUUGAAUUUAUGAACCAAGACUCAUCGGGUGGUGAUAAAUCUAUAUCACUCAACGAACUUAUUAAUCCUAUAGAAAGUGUGACGGGGAUCUUUAUUGCAACCUUUACAAGUGACAUACAGUGGUUCUUGUCAUAUUGCAAGAUUCCUGUACAUCUUCCGGUUACAAUCGCUUGUCAGAAUACCGAGAGGUGUUGGAGUUCAAAACCCGAUGAAAGAGUAUCAGUGCCUUACCACAAUUAUCCUAACUUAGUUGUAGUGCAUCCUCCAUUCCCUGAAACCAUAGCAUUUGGUAAAGACCGCAAUAGACAUGGGAUAGCUUGCCAUCACCCGAAGCUGAUUGUUCUGCAAAGAGAUGAUAGUAUUCGAGUUGUCAUUACAUCUGCUAAUUUGGUGGAAAAGCAGUGGAUCAGUGUGACUAAUACUAUUUGGUGGCAAGAUUUCCCUCGUGCCAUUUUGGUUGAUUUUGCUUCACUUUUCCCAAAAAUAGAUGAUGAAAUUCAUAGAGACUCAAAAUGUGAUUUUGCUGCUCAGUUGGCUGGGUUUAUGGCAUCACUUGUUAUUGAUAUACCUAGUCAGGCUCACUGGAUUACUCAGCUCACAAAAUAUGACUUUGGAAGUGCAACAGGACAUCUUGUAGCCUCAGUACCUGGAGUUCACCUUAAUAGAACUUCUAUUCUGGCGGAAUCCUUUCGGCCCUCUUCUUUAAAUACUCAAUUUCUUGGCUCAGUUUUAGCAUCUGUGGUUGGUUUGAGCCAUCUUUUCCGUACUGUGGCAGACUCAAACGGUGCGGGUAUAAAAGCAUUGGCUGCUGUGCUUGGAAAGUCCUGUAAGAAUGCUCAUGGGAGGUUUGAGAUCGUUUUAAGAAGAAAUCCCAAUGUGCCUGCUGAUGAAAAUGCAGUUAGCGUUCUUGUUCCCAAAUCUGAUCAAACUUCCGAGGGAGAUUAUGUUCAACUUGGUUUUUUGCCUAGAAAUGUAGCAAAAUGGGUUUCUCCUCUCUGGGAUGCUGGAUUCCUUGCAUUUUCUGGAUAUGUUUAUCCAAAAGAAGCCCUUGCAGCUGCGUCGGGAGAAAACUGCCAGAAAGUACAACUGAUACUAAAUGUGUCAGAGGGACCUCAUUUUCGAGACAUGUCAAAGAUGAUGCAAUCUGAAAAGAUUGCUGCUUUUUGCUCACUCAUUGCUUCAAUUCAAAGACAUUAUGGACUCUGGAGAUUACGAGAGGUUCUGAAUCAAUAUAGAUGGCCUGAAUCAUUGGAGUCUGAGAUUGUAUAUGGGGCUUCUUCCAUUGGUUCUGUCAGUUCAAAAUUUCUUGCUGCAUUUUCGGCUGCUGCUGGGAAGAAGUCACUGCAACAUUUUGAUUCAGAAGAGUCUGAUCCUGAAUGGGGCUGCUGGAAUGCUAGGGAAGAAUUGAAGAAUCCUUCUGUUAAGAUUAUUUUCCCCACAAUUGAAAGAGUGAAAAGUGCUUACAAUGGGAUUAUGCCUUCAAGACGUAUUCUUUGUUUCUCAGAGAAAACAUGGCAAAGGUUGAAGACUUUAGAUGUACUUCAUGAUGCCAUCCCUCUUCCCCAUGAAAGAGUAGGGCAUCCAAUGCAUACCAAGGUGGUGCGCAGAUGCUUCUGGUCUAGGAGGGAUGCGCCUUCAAUUGGUUGGGUAUACUGUGGGUCUCAUAAUUUUAGUGCUGCUGCCUGGGGGCGACAAAUUUCAAGUCCAUUUGGUACAAAAGCAGACGGGCCUUGUAAAGGAGACCCAACCAUGAAUUCUGGGCUUCAUAUUUGCAAUUAUGAACUUGGGAUUAUAUUUACUUUUCCUCCAACAGAAAAUAAUGAUUGUCAUAAAGCUAAAAGCACAAAAUUAGGUGAUAUUGUUCUGCCAUUUGUUGUUCCUGCUCCUAAAUAUGGAUCUCAAGAUAGGCCAGCUACAAAACUUGCUAUGAGAGAGGUGAUGACUGAACUUGCUGAGCGAGAGGAGGAGAAACAAGCUGAAGAAGAAAUGAUGGAAGAGAUUAUUGAGGAAGAAGAAGAAAUAGAAGAAAUCAAUUGUGUUGGACAGGAGAAGGAAGAAGAGAAGGCAUAUGCAGAGAUACUCUGGAGUCAGGUUGAUUCUUCCCAGAAUAGUUGA